UUAAGCUUUUAUUUGAUUAUUCAAAAGAUUAUGAAUACAUCAAACAUGACUUAAGUGAACAUCAGUUGUAUUGUAGUAGUGAAUAUAAGGCUACUGUUGAUAAAUAUACAGAAACAUUUAGGAUGUUAAAGGAGACAUGCAAAGGAAAGGAUAAACAGCGUUCAUAUUGUAAUAAUUUUCUUAAUUCUUUUAAAAGAGAAAAGUGGUAUGAAAUAUCUACAUUGUCAUGUAGUGAAAGGGUAGAUAGUGCUACUAUUGAAGGACUACUUGAACAACAAAAAAUAUCGAUACUACACAAUAAUGAACAAGAUGAAUAUAUUCUUACGGGUGAACAAAGCUUUGAACAUAUAAUUUCAAAUAAAACUUCAGUUUCUUCAACUUCAAUAAGUAUGGUCAUAGUUCCAUUAGUUAUUGGAAUGACAAUUUUUUCUAUUAUAAUGUGCAAAUUUACUCCAGUUGGAUACUGGUUAAGAAAAGUCAUAUUAGGAAAAUGUAAAAGGAGACGUAAUCAUAUAAUGGUUAAGAAUAAUAUAGAAAAUUUUUCAAUCCAUAAAGUUUUAGAUACGCAGAAAAGAUUUAAUUUAAGUUACGAUAAUGCAUAUUAG